AUGGUGGCGCCGGCGCCGCGACGCUGGGCCAGCGACUCCACCAUCGGCGCCGGCGCCAGCAGCGUGGAGCCGCCCACCCUGCCGCCGCCCCCGCCAGCCACGCUGCCCACGGACGCCGAGGUGGUGAUCAUCGGCGGCGGCUCUGCCGGCUGCCACACCCUGUACCAGCUCGCCAAGCGCGGCGUCAAGGCCGUGCUGCUGGAGCGGUCGCGCCUCACGUCCGGCACCACCUGGCACACCGCGGGACUCAUCUGGCGGCUGCGGCCCUCCGACGUGGAGGUGCAGCUGCUUAACACCACCCGCGACCUGCUCAUGUCCCUGGAGGCCGAGACCGGCAUCAACCCCGGCUGGAUCAACAACGGCGGCCUGUACAUCGCGCACACUGAGGAGCGCAUGAUGGAGUACAAGCGUCUGGCGUCGGUGGCGCACAGCUUCGGCAUCGAGGCCUCGGUGCUGGACCCCAGCGGGGUGAAGGAGGUGUUCCCGCUGAUCGACGAGAAGCAGGUCCUGGGCGGCCUGCACACCCCUGGCGACGGCGUCGUCGACCCCGCGGGCGUGUGCUCCGCGCUCGUCAAGGCCGCCACCGCCAACGGCGCCCAGGUCAUCGAGAACUGCACCGUGACGCAGAUCCUCAUGAAGGAGCAGGACCUGGGCCCCAAGAAGGUGACGGGGCUCGUCACCAACAUGGGCACCAUCCGCACCGACUGCGUCGUCAACUGUGCCGGAGUGUGGUCUCGCGAGGUGGCCAAGAUGGCCGGCGUGUCGCUGCCCAUCGUGCCCAUGAAGCACGCCUACGUGGUGUCCGAGGCCAUGGGCGUCCGCGGCAUGCCCAACGUCCGCGACCACGACUGGUCGCUCUACUUCCGCGUGCAGGGCGACUCGCUGUGCGUGGGCGGCUACGAGAGCAACCCCGACAUGCUGGACAACGUGUCCCCCGAGUUCUCGUUCGGCCUGUACGAGCUCGACUGGAACAUCUUCGGCUCGCACGUAACGGGCGCGGUGAACCUCUGCCCGGCCUUCGAGACGGCGGGCAUCAAGUCCACGGUGUGCGGGCCCGAGUCCUUCACCCCCGACCACAAGCCGCUGAUCGGCGAGGACCCGCUGAAGCGCGGCCUGUUCCACGGCUGCGGCUUCAACUCGGCGGGCAUGAUGCUGGGCGGCGGCUGCGGCGAGCAGCUCGCCCUCUGGGUGCUCAACGGCCGGCCGGACCUGCACAUGCAGGCCUACGACAUCCGGCGCUUCGCCGACGUGCAGCGCACGGACCGCGACUGGAUCAAGGAGCGCGCGCACGAGGCGUACUGCAAGAACUACAGCAUCGUGUUCCCGCACGACGAGCCACUGGCGGGCCGCAACCUCAUCCGCAACCCCUUCAACGAGGAGCUGCUGGCGGCCGGCGCCGUGUUCGAGGAGCGCCAGGGCUGGGAGCGGCCCGGCUGGUUCUGCGGCACCCCCGCGCCCCUGCCCAAGUACGACUGGUACGGCGCCUACGGCUCCACCCGCCACAAGGUCACUCGCUACGAGAAGCUGCUCAAGGCCGACUACACCUUCGACUUCCCCCGGCACCACGAGACGAUCAAGGAGGAGGCGCUGGCCUGCCGAGAGACGGCCGCGCUGUUCGAGAUGUCGUACUUCGGCAAGCUCUACCUGACGGGCCCCGACGCGCAGGCUGCCGCCGACUGGGUGUUCUCGGCCAACACGAACCGGUCCCUGGGCAGCACGGUGUACACCUGCAUCCUCAACAAGCUGGGCAAGGUGGAGGGAGACCUGACCGUCAGUGUGGUGGAGACUGGCCAGGGCAGCCCCUCGGACCCCAUCUUCCGGGGCCGCGGCUUCUACGUGGUCUCGGGCGGCGCCACCUCGCAGCACACGCACGCGCACGUGCUGCAGGCGCUGCACGAGCGCGGCUUCCGCGUGGACGUGACGGACGUGACGAACCGCAUCGGCGUGCUGUCCGUGCAGGGCCCCAACAGCCGCGAGCUGCUGCAGGGCCUCGUGGACGUGGACCUGGACGACGGCUCCUUCCCCAUGUCCACCACGCAGAUGGUCAAGAUCGCCGGGCACCGCGUGCGCGCCGUCCGACUCUCGUUCGUCGGCGAGCUCGGCUGGGAGCUGCACAUCCCCGUCGAGUCCUGCGAGGCCGUGUACAAGGCGGUGCGCGCCGCGGGCCAGCGCUACGACCUCCGCAUGGCCGGCUACCGCGCCAUGUACUCCCUGUCCGCGGAAAAGGGCUACCACCUGUGGCACUCCGACCUGCGAGCGGACGACAGCCCCCUGGAGGCCAACCUGGGCUUCACCUGCAGGAGCAAAGGGGACUACCAGGGCAAGCAGGCCGUGGAGGCCGCCAGGAACAGCGGGCUGCGCAAGAAGCUGGCCUUCUUCACGCUCGACGACAAAGUGCGCCUUAACGGUCUGGAGGCCAUUGUCAGGGACGGCCAGGUCGUCGGUUACCUGCGGCGAGGAGACUACGGCUUCUCACUGGACUGCCCCAUCGGUACCGGGUAUGUGAGUCACCCCGACGGCCAGAACGUGACGGACGAGUUCCUCUCGGAAGGCAAGUACCAGCUCGAGGUGAUGGGCCAGCGACACGACGCCAAGCUGCACCUGCGCAGCCCCUUCGACCCCGAGAACGACCGCAUGAGGGGCCUCUACAGGCAGUAGGCUUCUUCUCCCCGUUUGUGAUUCACUUUUUAGCGACUUUCUCUCAAGACUGGCCAAGACGGUGUCGCCCAUCUAAAGGAACGGAAUGCGGGAAUAAUCGCUUACGUAUUAUUAGAUGUGUAGUUUUCAUCCCUCUGUUGUCUCUUUGUAUAUAGACCGAAAGCAUUUAAUUUGUCAUCGGUAUGUACAGUAUUUUCUUAAUGAAAUCAACAAUCAAUCAAUCUGGCUGUGCUCAGGAAAAUACUUUUACAGCCUUUUUUGCGGGCUUGCGUAGGGUAUGAAAAUGUUAAGACUGUGAUUUGAAACCUGAGUAAUGUUUAUGUGUGUUUAAGUUAAAUCGUUACUUUGCUCCGUUCUUAUUUUUCUAACUACCCUCGUGUCGUAUAAGGAAAAAAUAGACAAGUGUAUACUUUGUUUUAAAAUAAAUAUUUAAAAAAAUAAUUUAA